AUGCGCUCCUUCGCCGCUAGGUCCCUCCGGGACUUUACGUCCCGCAUCACCACCCCCGUUCCUAGAUCUCAGCCCACCUUCUGCCGACAAUGCCUCCGCCCAUUGUCGACGACGCCCGCCGCGCAGAGCGGGCACAACAAGUGGUCCAAGAUCAGGCAUAAGAAGGGCGCCGCCGAUGCGCAGAAGAACAACAUGCGCAGCCAGCACUCCAAGACAAUUGCGCUCUACUCAAGAUUAUACGGAACCAACGAUAAUCCCCAGUUAGCUGCGGCCGUUGCUACUGCGAAAAAAGACGGUGUGCCGAAAAGCGUGAUCGACUCCGCCAUAGCCCGAGGCCAAGGCCGCUCCGCGACGGGAGCGAGCCUCGAAACCCUGACCCUCGAAGCCAUCCUACCUCCGGGCGUUGCGCUCAUCGUCGAGGUCGAGACUGAAAGCAAAGCCCGCAGCCUGCAGGACCUGAAGCUGCUGGUCAAGAAGCACAAGGGCACGACCAACACGGCGACCUUUUUCUUCACCCGCCUCGGCCGGGUCGUGUUCGAGGCUAAGGAGGGAGCCGGCGUGGACGACAUCAUGGAUGACGCCAUUGAGGCGGGCGCCGAGGAUAUCGAGGCCGACGAGGAGGGAAACCUCAUCAUCUGGACGCAGCCCAACAUGACCACGUCCGUCGCCAACGGUGUAGGGCCCAAGUUCGAGCUGAAGCUGCUCAGUUCGGAGAUCAUUUGGUCUGCGAACGAGGACACAAAGGUCAAGCUCGACGGCGCCGAGGAAGCGACGGUGCUGGGCGACCUGCUGAGCGCGCUGCAGGAGUUCCCCGAGGUGCAGGCCGUCUACGGCAACCCGGCCAAGGGAGAAAUCCCCGAGGACGCGUGGGCCAAGAUUGAGGAGAACCUGGACUCGUAG